ACACAGAAUAUCCACCUGCCUAUAUGUUUUGUUAAUUGGUAAAAAAACCUUUAUAGUUAAAUAAAUAUGUGGACAUGUGGUAAAAAAACAUUUAUAGUGAAAUAAAUAUGUGGACAUGUCACUUUUAAAUAUAUUGGAAAAGCUGAAGAUUGAUCAGGAGAAGAUUAUUAAAAUGAAAGAUCAGGGUAUCUCAACAGUACUAGGAUUUUUGCAGCACAGUGACAAUGAUGAAUUGAUGAACAAAGCAACUCUGACACAACAAGAAGUUAACUUAAUAAGAGAGAAUUUGUUUGCAGAGCAUGCGAAAGUUCCAAUACGAGGCACUGAUCUAUAUAAAGAAACGAUGAGACUAAUGAAGAUACUUCCAACAGCCUGUAGCAAUUUGGAUGAGUUGCUUCAUGGUGGUUUGUUUACUACUGAAAUGUUGGAAGUGUAUGGACCACCAGCUGUUGGGAAAACUCAGAUGUGCUUGCAAGUGACAAGUGUUGCAAUCUCUGCACAGCAAGCAAAUGUUGUUUACAUGGACACUACAGGUUCCUUCACCACAACACGUCUGGUGGAGAUGAUUGAAUCGAACGUGAAAGCACACUCUCCGCCGGUAAUGAAAGACAUGUUAUCUAGAGUCCUCCAUUGUCGAAUCUUUGAUGCUUUUGGUAUGACGUCACAAUUAGAAUGUUUGAAAGAAAAAUUAGAAUCAGAGGUAGCCGAGUUUUGUUCGCACGUCAAGUUGCUGAUCGUCGAUUCAAUCGCAUCUGUUAUCACUCCAAUUCUUGGUGGACAGCAACAGCACGGUCAUGCUAUUAUGUCAAAAAUUGGUUUGCUUCUCAAACAAAUCGCUUAUGAAUACGGCAUAGCUGUUCUGGUUGUCAACAACGCAGUUACUGAUGAUUUUAAGAAUACUCGACAAGCACACCGAUUAAAACCAUCUCUCGGAAAGUCUUGGUUAAGUGUUCCGCAUGUUCGAUUAUUUAUGGAUGUGGGCUGCCAGAGUGAGAAGGAAAAAAUUAUUACCAUUGUGAAGCAUCAUCGGAUGCCAACUGGUGUCUCUACUGCAGUUCACAUCACGUCGAGCGGUUUGCGUAAUGCACAAAAAAGCUGACAAACUCAGAAAAUAUUGAUGUUACUUUUCGGCCUGAUCUCCUAAAGAUUAUUUCUUCACAAGAUGGCUUAUUUUAUAUUUAUUUUUGUAUAUAACAAAUCCUUUCAUAGAUUAUAUUUCUAACGUUCACAAAA